AUGUGUAGGGUCACACGCUGUCACUUAAGCGACGCAUACCCCGCCCGCAACUUCCUCCUGAAUCCCGAAUAUUACUAUGCUAUCAUCAUGACCAUGGAGAGGGCAAAUACGGGCAAGGUCGAAGUGCAGAACAGGCUUUAUACAGACCCUUUGGACAAGCUACCAAUUGCGCAUGGGGCCGAGUUCGACUCGUAUACAGAUCAGCAUGAAGAUGACUGUCUGCCGGGCACUAGAACCGAGCUUCUUAAAACGAUUGCAGAAUGGGUUGUGUCACCGCACGGAAAGUGUAUAUUUUGGUUAAAUGGCAUGGCUGGAACAGGGAAGUCUACCGUCGCUCGGACAGUCGCAAAAUCCUUCAAACGGGAUAAGUUAGCAGUUGCUAGCUUCUUUUUCAAGAGAGGCGAAGGGGAUCGAGGGAAAGCCUUCAAAUUUUUUCCAACGAUUGCCAGACAACUGGUGGCUAGCAUUCCUGAUCUGGAACCCAGUAUUAGGAAGGCAGUGUCUGAUGACCCUGAAAUUGUGGCAAAAUCACUGAAGGAGCAGUUUGACAAACUGCUUUUUCGACCGCUACUAGGCUUGGAGCAAGUCAUUCCGAUCCCAGUGGUGGUCAUUGUGAUUGAUGCAUUAGAUGAGUGUGAAAUUAGCAGUGAUAUACAAGUUAUACUCCAAGUACUACCACAAGUACAGGAGUUAAGCGCCGUCCAGUUACGAAUCCUCUUAACCAGUCGACCUGAAUUGCCAAUUCACCUAGGUUUCUCGAAGAUUGCGAAUUAUAAAUAUCAAGAUCUAGCUCUCCAUGAGAUCUCCGAGGCGGUGACAGGAUAUGAUAUCUCUUUGUUCCUGAAGGACCGAUUUAAAAGAAUCAAGGAUGAAAAUAAUGUUCCUGCCGGCUGGCCUGGGGACGACGAAAUUCAAGCCAUUGUUACGAUGUCAGCUCCUUUAUUUAUUUCUGCCGCCACUGUGUGCCGAUUUGUUGAAACGGAGUUGGACCCUGUAGAAUGCCUCACCGAUCUUCUUAAAAAUCAAGCUAGAUAUGCGACAAAACUGGACAAGACAUACCUCCCAAUUCUCGAGCAAUUCUUAAACAAAAAGGGCGAUGAUGGUAAAGCAGAACAGCUUUUACAAUAUUUCCAACAAAUUAUCGGCGUUAUUAUCCUUCUUGCGGUUCCUCUUUCGGUCAAUGCACUCUCAGAGCUUCUUGGUGUUCGAGUAAGAGUUAUUAGCAACCUAUUGGAUUCGUUCCGAUCCGUUCUUAACUGGCCUACGAAACAAGACCAGCCUGUCAGAAUUCUGCAUUUAUCGUUUCGAGAUUUCCUAGUUCAAACAAAGAGCAAGUUCUACGUGGAUAUGGACAAUACACAUAAUAAAAUAGCCCGCUAUUGCUUUAACACUAUGGGGAAACUGUUAAAAAAGGAUCUCUGUAAUCUGCGAAGCGAUGGAACACAAAGAACAGAGAUUGAUAUUGACUCUAUUAAUCUGCAUUUACCACAAGAAUUGCAAUACUCCUGUCGUUAUUGGGCACAUCACCUGACACAAUGCAAAAACCCUAUCGCUGAAAUAGAGAAUACCUAUCAUUUUCUCCAGAAGCAUUUCCUGCACUGGGUGGAAGCAAUGAGCCUCCUAGGCCUUGCAUCAGAAGUGGUGGAGAUUAUUAAUCUCCUCCAGACAGUUAUACCAGACGACAACCAUUCCGCAAUAUCCGAGUUUCUGCAUGAUGCAAAGCGCUUUAUCCUUAAAAAUCGUCAGAUAGCCGCCGAGGCACCCCUUCAGUUAUAUUGCUCAGGGCUAAUAUUUGCACCUCGAACGUCAAUAAUCCGUAGACAGUUCGAAACGGAACUUCCUACUUGGAUAUGCCAGUUGCCACAAGUUAACGAAAGAUGGAGCGCAGAAUUACAGGUUCUCGAGGGCCAUUCAGAUUCGGUUCGGUCGGUGGCCUUCUCGCCCGACGGCCGGCUGCUGGCGUCCGCCUCGGAAGAUAAGACUGUGCGGCUUUGGGACACUGCAACAGGCGCGCUGCAGCACACUCUUGAGGGCCAUUCAGAUUGGGUUCUGUCGGUAUCCUUCUCGCCCAACGGCCAGCUGCUGGCGUUCGGGUCCGCAGACAAGACCGUGCGGCUUUGGAACACUGCAACAGGCGCGCUGCAGCACACUCUUGAAGGCCAUUCAGGUUGGGUUGAGUCGGUGGCCUUCUCGCCCGACGGCCGGCUGCUGGCGUCCAGCUCGAAAGAUGAUUCGACCGUGCGGCUUUGGGACUCAGCAACGGGCGCGCUGCAGCACACCCUUAAGGGCCAUUCAAAGCCGGUUCAGUCAGUAACCUUCUCGCCUGACGGCCGGCUGCUGGCGUCCGGCUCGGUAGAUAAAACCGUGCGGCUUUGGGACAUCACAACUGGCGCGCUGCAGCACACUCUCGAAGUUGGUUCAGACCCGGUUGUGUCGGUGGCCUUCUCUCCCGAUGGCCGGCUGCUGAUGUCCGGCUCGGUAGAUAAAACCGUGCGGCUUUGGGAUACUGCAACGGGUGCGCUGCAGCACACUCUUAAGGGCCACUCAGGUUGGGUUCUGUCGGUGGCCUUCUCGCCCAACGGCCGGCUGCUGGCGUCCGGCUCUAAUGAUCAGACUGUACGUCUUUGGGAUACUGCAACAGGCGCGCUGCAGCACACUCUUAAGGGCCACUCAGGUUGUGUUAUGUCGGUGGCCUUCUCGCCCGACGGCCGGAUACUAGCGUGCGGCUUAGAAGAUAAGACCGUGCGGCUUUGGGACACUACAACUGGCGCGCUGCAGCACAUUCUCAAGGGCCAUUUAAAGCUGGUUCAGUCGGUAGCCUUCUCGCCCGACGGCCGGCUACUAGCGUCCGCCUCGGAAGAUAAGACUGUGCGGCUCUGGGACACUGCAACUGGCGCGCUGCAGCAUACUCUUGAGGGCUAUUUAGAGUCGGUUUUGGUUGAGUGGGUGGCCUUCUCGCCCGACGGCCGGCUACUGGCAUCCGGCUCGGAAGAUGAGACCGUACGGCUCUGGGACACUGCAACGGGCGCGCUGCAGCACACUCUCGAGGACCAUUCAAAGCUGGUUCAGUCGGUAGCUUUCUCACCCGACGGCCGCCUGCUGGCGUCCGGCUCGGAAGAUGAUUCGACCGUGCGGCUUUGGGACAUCACAACUGGCGCGCUGCAGCACACUCUCGAAGUUGAUUCAGACCCGGUUGUGUCGGUGGCCUUCUCGCCCGACGGAAGGCUGCUGGCGUGCGGCUCAAAAGAUCAGACCAUGCGGCUCUGGGAUACCGCAACAGGCGCGCUACAGCACACUCUCAAGGACCAUUCAGAGUCGGUUUUGGUUGAGUCGGUGGCCUUCUCGCCCGACGGACGGCUGCUGGCCUGCGGCUCGGAAGAUGAGACUGUAUGGCUCUGGGAUACUGCAACGGGAACACUGCAACAUACUCUCGAGGGCCAUUCACAUUGCGUUCUGUCGGUGGCCUUCGCACCCAACGGCCGACUGCUGGCGUCCGGCUCGGAAGAUCAGACCGUGCGGCUUUGGGACAUUGCAACGGGCGCACUUCAACACACUCUUGAGGGACAUUUAGGUUGGAUUUUGCCGGUAGCCUUCUCACCCGACGGCCGGCUACUGGCAUCCGGCUCGGAAGAUGAGACCGUACGGCUCUGGGACACUGCAAUGGGCGCGCUGCAGCAUACUCUUAAGGGCCACUCAGGUUGGGUUCUGUCGGUGGCCUUCUCGCCCAACGGCCGGCUACUGGCGUCCGGCUCUAGUGAUCAGACUGUACGGCUUUGGGAUACUGCAACAGGCGCGCUGCAGCACACUCUUAAGGGCUAUUCAGAUUGGGUUUCGUCGAUAGCCUUCUCGCCUGACGGCCGGCUGCUGAUGUCCGGCUCUAAUAAUCAGACUGUACGGCUUUGGGAUACUGCAACUGGCACGCUGCAGCACACUUUCGAGGGUCAUUCAGAGCCGGUUGUGUCGGUAGCCUUUUCACCCGAUGGCCGGCUGCUGGCGUCCGGCUCGGAGGAUCAGACCGUGCGGCUUUGGGAUACUGCAACAGGCGCGCUGCAGCACACUCUCGAGGGUCAUUCAGGGCCCGUUGAGUUGGUGGCCUUCUCGCCCGUCUGCCGACUGCUGAUGUCCAACUCGGAAGAUAAGACCGUGCGGCUUUGGGAUACUGUAACUGGCGAACUGCAACACACUCUCGAGGGCCAUUCAAAGCUGGUUCAGUCGGUAGCCUUCUCACCCGACGGCCGGCUGCUGGCGUCCGGCUCGGAAGAUGAUUCGACCGUGCGGCUUUGGGACAUCACAACUGGCGCGCUGCAGCACACUCUCGAAGUUGGUUCAGACCCGGUUGUGUCGGUGGCCUUCUCGCCCGACGGCCGGCUGCUGGCGUACUGCUUCUUCGAUGAUUCGGCCGUGUGGCUUUGGGACACUGCAACGGGCGCUCUGCAGCAUCUUAAGGGCUAUUCUGACGCUCUGUCGGUGGCCUUCUCGCCCGACGGCCGGCUGCUGGCGUCCGCCUCGGAAGAUAAGACUGUGCGGCUUUGGGACACUGCAACAGGCGCGCUGCAGCACACUCUUGAGGGCCAUUCAGAUUGGGUUCUGUCGGUAUCCUUCUCGCCCAACGGCCAGCUGCUGGCGUUCGGGUCCGCAGACAAGACCGUGCGGCUUUGGAACACUGCAACAGGCGCGCUGCAGCACACUCUUGAAGGCCAUUCAGGUUGGGUUGAGUCGAUCGCCUUCUCGCCCGACGGCCGGCUGCUGGCGUCCGGCUCGGAAGAUGAUUCGUCCGUGCGGCUUUGGGACACUGCAACAGGCGCUCUGCAGCACACUUGGUCUGUCGAUGGGCGAGUUACUAUCCUCGAAUUUUCUCAGGACGGUUCUUUUCUAAGCACCAACUUGGGCGUCCUGAAUAUUCAGUCCAGGGAUGACGGUCUUGCGUCUAAUUCACAUGUUAAUCUAGACAUCUCCAUGGAGCACGGGCAGUGGAUAAAAAUGAAUGGCAAAAAGAUUCUCUGGCUUCCUACCGAGUUCCGGCCCAACUGUUUCGCGAUUAAUGGCAGUAUACUUGGUCUGGGAAGCGAAUCUGGGCGGAUUUCCUUCAUAGGACUUCGUAUAUAG